UUGUGGCGACGAGAGUACACUAGUGUAGAGUUGUUUUCGGAGAGGAAGGAGUAAGAUUGUGUGUAGUCAGGAGGGUAAAGAGAGUGCAUAAAAUAGCAUAACAGCAGGAGGAAAUACAAAAUUAACCAUGGCUUCGGGGGAUACCCUGUACAUUGAAGCGGACGGGUCAGAUAUGCCGGCAGAAAUAGUGGAACUGCAUGAAAUCGAAGUAGAGACAAUCGAGACCACAGUUGUAGGAGACGACGAAGAGCACCAGCCUAUGAUCGCCUUACAGCCGCUUGACACGGACGAUCCACACUCAAUUCACUCUCACCAAGAGGUUAUUCUGGUGCAAACAAGAGAGGAAGUAGUGGGCGAUGAGGACUCGGAAUUGCACACGGAUGACGGAUUUGAGGACCAAAUCCUCAUCCCAGUACCCGCCGUGGAGGAGGACUAUAUCGAACAGACUCUGGUUACUGUAGCCGGGAGAAGCUCGUCCACAGGCCGGAUGAAGAGGGCUGGAAGCGGAAAGAAAGCUGGCAAAAAGAGCUAUCUAAGCGGGGGAGAAAUGGGCAGAAAAUGGGAACAGAAGCAAGUGCAGAUAAAGACUUUGGAGGGGGAGUUUUCAGUGACUAUGUGGGCAUCGGAUGACAAGAAGGACAUAGAUCACGAGGAGCAAAUCGUGGGUGAAAACUCUCCACCAGAUUACUCUGAAUACAUGACAGGAAAGAAGCUUCCCCCUGGAGGCAUCCCAGGCAUCGACCUCUCAGACCCCAAGCAGCUGGCAGAGUUUGCAAGAAUGAAGCCGAGGAAAGUAAAAGAAGACGAUGCACCCAGGACGAUAGCCUGUCCACACAAAGGAUGUACCAAGAUGUUCAGGGACAACUCGGCGAUGAGAAAGCACUUGCAUACCCACGGGCCCCGUGUACACGUCUGUGCAGAGUGUGGCAAAGCCUUCGUUGAGAGUUCAAAACUGAAAAGACAUCAACUCGUUCACACAGGAGAGAAACCUUUCCAGUGCACAUUCGAGGGCUGUGGCAAGCGGUUCUCUCUGGACUUUAACUUGCGCACACAUGUGCGUAUUCACACUGGAGACCGCCCGUAUGUGUGCCCCUUUGAUGGCUGCAACAAAAAAUUUGCUCAAUCUACCAACCUGAAGUCUCACAUCCUCACACACGCCAAAGCCAAAAACAACCAGUGAACGGACAGCGACGCAAGCGAACACUGGAGGACUCGCAUCUUCGCUCUUUGGCAAACUAAUGUCCCGUUACCUGCUUUGUUGUGAGAGAAGAAGUCCCCUAGGUGAAAGGUUUUUGAGAAAUGACCUUUUCUCAAACUUUUUGAUAAACUUUUGGAGGUUAGAUCGAUGAACUUGUGAGAACCCCCCUCAGGCCUCCUACCCUACUUUGAUGCUACCUGGAUGGAACAAUUUACGCUUUCUUCUUGUGAAGAUGUUAAUUCAUGAAUCUGCACCUGAAAACGUAUUUAUACCGUAACACAGCCAGUUUAAAAAGUUUUUGCAAUACAUUUGUCAACUUUGCAUCGAUCCUUAGCAAUGACACAUUUUCAAUUUUGUACUUUCCCCAAGUGUGCAUAUUGUACACUGUGUGACAUAAGCUCUGUGGUAAUGUAUGUAUUUAGAUGGUCCCGUAGCUCUUCUUGGGUUUCACAGUUUGUUUUAGCUCUCCCUUUCUCCUUCAUGUGAGUGUGUUUCAAGGGAGGAAUGAGUGAUCUCUGCUUAUUUUUAUUUUGUACAACACAAUAUCAGAAUCAUGUAAAUACUAGCCAUGUGAUUUUCAGUAGUGAUCACUGAUUAAAUGUUUUCCCCCCUUGCACUACCAACAAAAAGUGUCAUUUGUCCUCAAACAAAUCUCAGCCUAUAGUAUUAUGCCUGAAAGCAAUGUGAUUUAGACUGACACAGGAUCUGUGACUAAUGAAGCUACUUUGGAUCUCUUAUCUUAACUGUGUUGGUGGUUCUCAUCUUCAUAUUAACGUUACGGUUAUAAAUGUUCAUUUGAAGAUCAAUAACAAACAACAAAAAUGUGUCAUUAGUAUUUCAGGUUAUUUUAGCGGUUCAAAAUGGUUUGUGUGCUAGAGUUGACAUGUCUUUGUUUGGUAACAAGCAGGAACAAAAACAAGGAAGUGAAAUAAAUUCAGAUUUAGUUGUAUUUUUCAAAACACUGCAUAUACACAAUUUGCAAUUUAUCACAUCUUAAAACUUAAUUCAAACACUUAAAAGUGGCAUCCUGCAGCUGGUAAAUUGUUUAACAAUGGCUCAUACAAUCUGUCAAUCAGAAACAAUUGGUAACAUUUGAGAUGAUAGUGGGAAAUCAGGUGUUCAGUGGUACCAUUACAUAUUGUUGUCCUGUUCAGAGACAGGUUCGAGGAUUUUUGUCAGUUUUGCAAAAUAAACACGACAUUAUUCAGCAA